AUGUCGGAAGGGUCGCAAACAACCGACAACGAUUUGCGAACUUUCUCCAAAGACGAACUAGCACAAUUGCAGCAGCUUUACGGAUGGAAAGAAUCUUUCAAAACGUGGCGGAAGGGCUCAGAUGGCAGAAGUAACGAAAAACGGCUAUUAUCGCUCUUGGAUUUCUUCCCAGACGGUGACGAUACCCGCAAAUGUUCCAUUAUCGAUGUGGACAUCGGUAACAAAGAACAUAUCCACGAGUUCCAAAUUGAAAAUACCCAGAAGACCAACCGGGAAUAUGGCAAAGAUAUGGUGAUAAUGCAUGGUUAUGGAGCAGCCUUGGGGCUGUUUGUGCGAAAUUUUGAUGGUCUGAGUCAGGUUCCGGGUCUUACGUUGCAUGCUAUCGACAUGCUUGGUUAUGGACUCUCGUCACGGCCUAAAUUUCCUGGCACCGGAUUCAGAUCGAGCUACCUGAAAAGAGGCGACAUAAGCGCUAAAGAGGUGCGUGAAGCGGAAGAUUUUUUUGUGGACUCGCUGGAACGUUGGAGACAAAAAAAACAGCUCGAACGCUUUGUGCUUGUUAGCCAUUCCUUGGGAGGAUACUUGGGUUGCUGUUACGCUCUUAAAUAUCCUGAGCGCGUGGAAAAAUUGGUCCUGGUGAGUCCUGUGGGCGUGGAAACUUCGAUUUUUGACCUCACUCGCACUCACACAAACCAGCAUGUCCAUGCGACCGAACUGGGGCCCGACGUAUCGAAGGAAAUCUCGGCGGACAAAGCCAAUGCGACCACGGAUCGUCCAGUGAAAACAUCAAGCUCAUUUCACGUUCCCGACGAAGCGGGUAACGUAGAACAUGUUCCCAACUUACCUCGGAUUUUUUCUUUCAUGUGGUCUUGCAAUAUUUCUCCGUUUGGCGUUUUGCGCAGCUUGGGCCCAAUGGGCGCAUUAAUGUCCUCUAGAUGGUCUUUCAGACGAUUCGCGCACUUGCAAGACCCCAAAGAGCUGUUCACGUUUCACGACUACUUUUACAGCGUGUUCAGUGGUGCAGGCAGCGGUGAAUACGCUUUGACGCGGAUAUUAGCUCCUGGAGUUCUGGCAAGACUGCCUCUGCUGAGCAGAGUUCCUGAAAACAUAAAAUGCGAUUCUUUUUGGAUGUAUGGCAGUAACGAUUGGAUGAGCAAAGAAGCGGGCCAGGUCAUGGUACGCAAGAUAAACGAGAAUACCUCAGGCAUCAAAGCCGAUUACUCUGUGGUUUCCAAUGCGGGCCAUCACUUGUACCUCGAUAAUCCUACCGAGUUCAACAGCAAAGUGCUCAAAUUUCUUAAGCUAGAGUCUUGA